AUGGAGGAAGCCACCUUCAUCUCGCGUGCGCACGUUGAAUCCUGCGCCCAAGUCCGACGGCCUCAACAUGUCAAGCUGACUCGGAUUCGUUCUAUCACCACGUCGCAUGAGGUCUGCAUGGACACUAGUUUCAACCUCAGGGUUAUGAACAUGGCGCGCCUAAUAACAGAUGCGACGCGACGUAACCGUGUCCAGCGCAGGUUGAGCAUCUACGCCUCAACCGGAUGGGAUGAUUGGGAACCAUGGAAAUCAGUAAUAACCGGCUCGAUGCUAUCGAUUUGGCUCUAUCGGAUAAACUUCGUUCUCGAUCUUUGUCUCAUCAAGACCUCGAUAUUACUGUUUUACGAUCACAUUGCCGCAUCAAACAAACGCUUCCAAUACGUCAUCCGCGUGCUACUCGCUAUCAUAGUCCUUGGCGGGAUAUCGCAGAUCAUCGCAUCCAUCUUCAUGUGUUAUCCAAUCACUGAUGCCUUCGCAUGGCACAUAUGGUACCGCGGCAAUAUCCUUCAUAUCUUCGAUGCUAAAUGUUACGACCCAAAUCCAUUCUGGCUUUUUAACGCUGUCUACAAUCUCAUCACGGAUGUAAUCAUCUGGACGCUACCGAUAUUGUUCUUCUUGAACCUUCCCACAAUGCCACUUCGACGCCGUCUUGAGCUCGUCGCCAUCUUCUCCGUCGGUAUCAUGGCUGUCAUAGCUUCCGCCUUUCGACUCCACACUACGAUCCUCUGGCUAUCCGACUACGUACAGCAAGCUCUAAGCACGGCAGAUCUCCUAUUGUGGAGCCAGGUGGAGCAAAAUACUGGUAUAAUUGCGGCCUCUGUACCAUUUCUGCGACCACUCUUUCGCAAAGCGUUGGGCAAGGCGAGGAGCAGAGAGCAGCCAAGCCCUGGUCCAGCGUUGCCUUUGGUUGGGGACGAUACAUCAGAGUUUAAUCCGGGCAUGUUUAGGACACCGAUUAUUCCAUCACCUAGCCCGACUUUCAGCAGGUGUAGCCGGGAGUUUAGGCCACCAAGGAGCAAUCUCGAACCCAUUGAGCCCAUCAAGAAGCGCUGGUCAGUCGGUGAGGAGAAUGGCGUCUCUGCGCCCAUGGACUUCCGUAAAGUGAAGAUUGCACCAGCACAGCGCUCGUUCUGGAUCGAACAUGCACCGAACCUUUUGAAAGAAAUUUUCGAUGCGUUCAUGACCAUUGACAGGCUUGAGGAGAUACACUUCGGAGCAGAGUAUCACCCCACUGGACCUGUGCUCGGCUCGAGACAUUUCGUAAAGGAUAUGGGGUUCAAUUACGCCAGCACCUUUCUCGCUCACGAAUAUUUCCGAAAGUGUGUUGGCAACAGCGAAAUUGGCACAUACAUCCUUCUCGAAUACGUACCUUUGCUACAUCAUGUCUUGUCAAAUACUGGCUUUGAUAAACGGAUCGUUCACUUGAAUAUGCGCAAUCUACCUCACACUUGGGGGUGGUCUGUACCUAAGGUUUGGGCAUAUUUAGAUCACACGAGCAUUCUCAAGCUCAACAUCUUCGAUAUACAUCAUACGCCUCCGCCAGAGAGCACCAUGACACCAUCGACCAUGAGCCUCGAUCCCCAACUUCGGGAACUCAUCCCAGCCACAACGAUGAGCAUCAGUCACCUCCGGCUCGUUGGUGGCCAGAGUGCCUACAUCUGCGCAGACGAUACCGAGACCUUAUCUCUCUUAGCCAACACAGAGUUCCCAGGCCUGAGACGGGUUGAGCUCAUCGACUACGCCAUUACCAGCGAACAGCUUAUAGCUUUCCUCCAACGCCUCGGUCCAACAGUGCUUUUUGUGAACAACGCAACCUCCAUCCUGACGCCAAUGGCGCAGGACACCUACUGGGGCUCCUUUGAGGAGAUCUCCAAGUACAAUGUACAGCUCAACUACCUCGAGAGGAUGUGGAUGACCUGGUACGCAUGGAUGGGCAACGAUGUCCUGGCGACGGGAAUCAUGUCCUUUGUUAUCCACGAGACGCUUUACUUCGGACGCUCGCUUCCCUGGAUCAUCAUCGACUGCAUACCCUACUUCAACCGAUACAAGCUCCAAAACCAAAAAAUCCCCACUGCUUGGGAACAAACACAAUGCGCAUUCCUUGUCCUCCUCUCCCACUUUACCGUCGAGCUCCCUCAAAUCUGGCUGUUCCACCCCAUGUGUCAAUACUUCGGCCUCGAGACCUCCGUUCCUUUCCCUAGCAUCUACAAGAUUGCCUACCAGAUCGCCAUCUUCUUCGUCCUCGAGGACGCAUGGCACUACUGGACCCACCGCGCCAUGCACGCAAGCUCCUUCCUGUACAAGAACAUCCACAAGAUUCACCACCAAUACUCUGCCCCCUUCGGCCUGGCCGCUGAAUACGCCUCGCCUAUUGAGGUCAUGAUUCUGGGUUUCGGUACCGUCGGUGUCCCAAUCGUCUUCUGCGCCCUCACCAAGGAUCUCCACAUCCUGACCGUGUACAUUUGGAUCCUGUUCCGUGUGUUCCAAGCCGUCGACGCACACAGCGGCUACGAGUUCCCAUGGAGUCUGCACCACUUCCUGCCCUUCUGGGCCGGCGCCGAGCACCAUGAUGUUCACCACGAGAAGUUCAUUGGUAACUACGCUAGCAGCUUCAGGUGGUGGGACUUUGUCCUUGACACCGAGGCCGGUGCUGAGGCCUCCAAGAGGCGAAGGGAGCGCAAGCUGGCUGCCGCCAAGCUCAAGAAGGCCAACUAA